CUUUUGAUUCCUUGAUUGUUAAAGAAAAAUUUGGAAUAAGUAUCAAAAUAUACGAUAUUUCCCGAUAAUUUCUCUCGAAAUAUGUAUAUUCUCAUUCAGUAUUGAUGAUAAUAGGGAAAUACCGUACACCCAUCCACAUUUUUUGGGAAUGAUAAUGGACUCAAAAAGCUCUAACAAGAAUGGCAGUAUCGAUGCUGAAAAUCUGAACUUGAGUUUGGAUAUGGGUGACGAUAUGAAAUUGGAUGAGGUGAAUUAUGAGAGUGAUGUUUCUUCCUCAAGUUCAGAGAGUUCCUCUGCCCCAAGCAUAAGCUCAGUAAGCACAAAUUCGUCAGGAAAGGGGCGCCGUUCCCGUCAUAAAAGGGGCCUUUCCAAAGACAAAAGCUCCUCACCAGUCACCAAGAGAAACCGAUCGAAAGAAACUAAAAGUAAGUCAUAUGAUUAUCUGACUAAACUGAACUAUCUCUUCCGUGAUGCAAGGUUCUUUGUGAUUAAAUCAAACAAUGCUGAAAAUAUCAUUCUAUCUAAAGCUAAAGGCGUUUGGUCCACAUUACCUCAGAAUGAAGCCAAUUUGAACAGAGCAUAUAGGGAGUCUAGAAAUGUUUUGCUCAUUUUCUCUGUGAAAGAGAGUGGAAAAUUUGCAGGCUUUGCUAGGUUACAUGGUGAAUCUAGGCAUGAUGGAUCUCCAAUAUCCUGGGUCCUACCCCCUGGGCUUUCAGCCAAGGCACUUGGAGGAGUUUUCAAAGUGGAUUGGAUAUGCAGGAAAGAAUUACCUUUUUCCAACACCAUGCAUUUGUACAACCCUUGGAAUGAUGGAAAACCAGUGAAAAUAGGCAGAGAUGGACAAGAAAUCGAACCCAGAGUAGCAGAAGAAUUGUGUCGUUUAUUUCCAAGUGAUGAGGGCAUUGAAAUAACACCCAUAUUGAGGUUAGCAAAGGAGGCUUCUAAAAAGAAUGGGCUACGUAGCCAUGAUGGCAACAGACAUCCAAAAUCAAGGAUGCCCCUGGCAGCUAGAUCUUCCCAUGGGUUUAGAGGUCGAGGGUCCUAUUCCAGAAGAAAACACUUCUUAUCCAGAGGGCUGACCUCCUCAAGUGCUUACAGACGUUCUAAUUCACCCCGUCCUAGAGAUAGAUACCCCAUGUACUAUGAUCGUGAGUCUCCACGGCCGUAUACGGCAGCUGCAGCUGAAGCUUAUGUAGCUGACUACAUGAGAACCAUGCAGCAUCAGUUGCCCCCUCUACCAUAUGUUGCACCACCUGGGAUGUAUUCAUCAUAUGAUAAUUUGCCACCUCCAAGGUACUAUGAUGGAAUGCCUCUACCCGAGUAUUCUUCAUCCAGGAGUGGGGGGUAUAAUGAUAAGCGAUCCUAUGAUAGAUCAGUUGAUGAGUUCAUUUGGAGGACCAGAGAUCGAUCUAGAGAUAGAAGUAGGAGCCGCCAUCGUUACAGGGACAGGCGGUGAAUUAUCCUGCAAUUUUUAGAAGACUAAUUAUUAAUUUUGGCAAAUUUAUCUUUUUUUUUUCAUCAUAAGAACCUCUCACGUUAUUUUGAUAAACGUGAUUCCCAAAUUUUUUAUUGUGAUGAUUGUAAUAAUUAUGUCAGUUUUUGGUGUAUAAAUAAGUGGAUUAUAUUUUUUGCAUUAUAUAGCUGAAAUUAUUUGAGUAAUGUCUCACAUUAUUUGUAAAUUUCUUUAAAUAAAUAAAUCUAUAAUUUCAUUGAA